ACCAAAAAGUACACCAUUCAGUCGGCCACGCAGAGUAGAUAUUAGCUGUCAAGGAAACUGAAAGAACAUGACAUCCAACCACUUGCUGAUUUUUCUUAUUCUCCUCUCUUUUACAAUCCAUGCAUCGCAUCAAGAAAUUAUUGAUGAUAUCCUCGGGAGUUUGUCCAAGGGAGUUACUUUUUUCGAAAAGCAGUUCAGAAAUAUCAAUCUCGAUGGCGUUGUUGGAUACAUAAUUCUUCAUGUUCAACUGCAGGAGGCAACACAAUCAUGGCCCUACUCAGACUUCAUAAGCCUUUCCCAGCGAGCCACGGCGGUUUCUCUUGCCAGGCGACUGGACCGAUGCAUAUCUCACGCCGUCCGCGCUCUUCGGGAGACCGAUCCCAAAUAUUUUAGGGAGUUUGAGCCUAUCUUGGACUCAUCCUUUUGGACUUUGCCUCGUGACUGGAGCUCCACCGAUCCCUCUCUCGUGUACUCUUCACUGAAAUCAGCGGAGUGUUAUGAUGAACAACUCAGCGACAAGUGCAUGACCCUGCUUUUGGGAACUUGGAAAGAUAACGGGACCCCUUGCAUCGUGACCAAGUCUUGCAGAGACACGAUGACACAGUUCGGAUGUCCACACUAUUCCCUUUCUCACCAGCUCCUCUACUUCAUGAUUGGGACAAUGAAAGGAUGCUCCAAAAUGCUUAAGGGGGACAUGAGACAGUCUCGCAUCAACACGACUGUGGAUCACUAUCAGAGGAUCUUUUGCUCCAACAUGAUGCAGAGUAAUGAGGAUAUUGUGAAGAAUGGAUUCACUGGCCAAACCCAGGACAUCUUCAUAGAAAACAUACUGCUGUGUGGUUUGGCAGGCUUCUCUGACUUUUACAAAUCAGACUGGCUGCAAAAUAUUUUGACCUGGCAGGACCGAGAAGUGGGUUGUUUUGGAAAAGAAGACGACUUUGCGAAAAUAUUUGGAGAGGAACUUCUGGAGAGCGUUCACAGAAGAGUGAAGAGGAGAGAAAAGACAUUAACGGACGGAUGUUCCAGUCACAUGACGGGAGUUGCUGUCAGUGCUUUGGGAGGUUAUCUGAAUUUCUACUUGACAGAGCAAGACAUCACAAAGAGACCCCUGACCUGAACAGAGCGAGACAUCACAAAGAGACCCCUGACCUGAACAGAGCGAGACAUCACAAAGAGACCCCUGACCUGAACAGAGCGAGACAUCACAAAGAGACCCCUGACCUGAACAGAGCGAGACAUCACAAAGAGACCCCUGACCUGAACAGAGCGAGACAUCACAAAGAGACCCCUGACCUGAACAGAGCGUUCAACAUCUAUAAGUUUAUAUGUUUACAAAGAACAUGGGUAAUGUCUAAUUAACAUAUACGCCUAAUUAAGUACAUUUCAGAUUACGUGUCUAGCUCAUCUGUAGUAACCAACUUAUAUAUUACAAUUUAAGAGAAAUAAAAAUCACUCAAAUGUACGUCUUUUUAUUAAGUAGCAAAAAUAAACAAGUGUCUACAAAAUAUACAUUAAAAGUCCUGGAAUACAGAUUUUUAAUUGGUGUCUUACUAUAACAGUUUUAACUGUAUUCACA